AUUGGAAUCUUCUCAGUUAACAAUAGCAGCCAACUACACCCCAAUAUCGAAUAAAUCAACCCAUCAAGGCACAAACAAUUACAUUGUGUUCUUUGUAUAAGCUCGGUCUCCUCUGCAAUUCCAAAAAGCAUCACAGUUUUUAGCUUCCAUGGCGGCGGCCUCAACUUUUCUCUUAAAACCCAUCUCUCAACUCCCGCAUAUCGCCGAUCAUUUGCAUAAUUCGCGUCAAAUAUCGAAAAAUCUUUCAUUUCAGAGAACUGGGUAUCACUGUUUUCGAGCUGGGUCGAACAAAGAACCGAUGAUCGUUAGUUGUUCUUAUCAAACUGAGGCUUCGGUUGAUUCUCCUACUCAAGCAUUUGAUGUGCCGAUUCUGACUUGUGCAGAGGCUAUUGAAAGGCUACGAACUAACAGAGAAAAGCAAAAAGGGAAGCAGCAAUAUCUAGCUAUGUAUUCCAGCAUUUUUGGUGGAAUAAUAAAAGAUCCAGCAGCUAUGGUGAUACCCAUGGAUGAUCACAUGGUGCACAGGGGCCACGGUGUCUUUGAUACUGCUGCAAUAAUGGAUGGGCAUCUAUAUGAAUUGGAUCAACACCUUGACCGUAUCCUGAGGUCAGCAUCCAUGGCCAAAAUCGAUCUCCCUUUUGAUCGCGAAACUAUAAAAAGAAUACUCAUACAAACAGUGAGUGCUUCCAAGUGUCAGAAAGGAUCAUUAAGAUAUUGGCUCUCGGUGGGACCUGGUGAUUUCCAGUUGUCUCCAUUCAGCUGCCAUCAGCCAGCUCUUUAUGCUAUUGUUAUACAAGAUCAAUCUCCGCUUGAUUCAAAAGGUGUUAAGGUAAUAACUUCAUCUAUCCCAAUAAAACCCCCACAAUUUGCCACCAUGAAGAGUGUAAAUUAUCUUCCGAAUGUGCUGUCAAAGAUGGAAGCUGAAGAGAAUGGUGCCUUUGCAGCCAUUUGGCUUGAUAAUGAAGGGUUCAUUGCGGAAGGGCCUAACAUGAAUGUGGCAUUUGUUAAUAAGGAAAAAGAACUUGUGAUGCCUCCCUUUGACAAAAUUUUGAGUGGUUGCACAGCUAAGAGAGUUUUAACUCUGUCUGAAGGACUGGUGAGGGAGGGUAAACUUCACGGUAUAAAGGUAAGUAAUGUGACUGUAGAGGAAGGAAAAAGAGCAGAUGAGAUGAUGCUUAUUGGCAGUGGGAUUCUUGUUCGCCCUGUUGUGCAGUGGGACGAGCAGAUCAUCGGUGAUGGCAAAGAAGGUCCCAUAACUCUGUCUCUGUUGAAUCUUAUAUUGGAGGAUAUGAAAUCUGGCUCUGCAACAGUUCGAGUGCCAGUUCCCUAACUCAAUUAUUUCUGAUAUUGCAAGUUGGGAUUUCAAACAGACAAAGCUGUUGUUGAACCCACUUUUCGAGCCUGCAGAGCUUGGUGUGGCUGGAAGCCGAAGAUUCCUGUACUUGAGUUGAAUGGCUCCUUAUAAAAUAAAAUUUUAUGUGUAUAAGUUGAUUUUUGUUUUGAAGAAUAUUUUUUGUGAGCAAGUUAAGCUCGAUGAGCAGAAGGACUGGUCCACUGGGAUUGAAAAUUUUCAAAGUAAUAUUCGAUGGAAAUAUUUCCACGGAAAUUUUUGUUGUUCAA